AUGAUUCCGGUGACAGAGCUCCGCUACUUUGCGGACACACAGCCAGCGUACCGGAUCCUGAAGCCGUGGUGGGACGUUUUCACGGACUACAUCUCCAUUGUCAUGCUGAUGAUCGCUGUCUUCGGGGGCACGCUGCAGGUCACCCAGGACAAGAUGAUCUGCCUGCCCUGUAAGUGGGUCACCAAGGACUCCUGCAACGACUCGUUCCGGGGCUGGGCGGCCCCCGGCCCAGAGCCCCCCUACCCCAACUCCACCAUCGGUCCGACCCCCGACACCGGCCCCACCGGCAUCAAGUAUGACCUGGACCGGCACCAGUACAACUACGUGGACGCCGUGUGCUAUGAGAACCGCCUGCACUGGUUCGCCAAGUACUUCCCCUACCUGGUGCUCCUGCACACGCUCAUCUUCCUGGCCUGCAGCAAUUUCUGGUUCAAGUUCCCACGCACCAGCUCCAAGCUGGAGCACUUCGUGUCCAUCCUGCUCAAGUGCUUCGACUCGCCCUGGACCACGCGGGCCCUGUCGGAGACGGUGGUGGAAGAGAGCGACCCCAAGCCAGCCUUCAGCAAGAUGAACGGCUCCAUGGACAAGAAGUCAUCGACAGUCAGCGAGGACGUGGAGGCCACCGUGCCCAUGCUGCAGCGGACCAAGUCUCGGAUCGAGCAGGGCAUUGUGGACCGCUCGGAGACAGGCGUGCUGGACAAGAAGGAGGGUGAGCAGGCCAAGGCGCUGUUCGAGAAGGUGAAGAAGUUCCGAACCCACGUGGAGGAGGGGGACAUCGUGUACCGCCUGUACAUGCGGCAAACCAUCAUCAAGGUGAUCAAGUUCAUCCUCAUCAUCUGCUACACGGUCUACUACGUGCACAACAUCAAGUUCGACGUGGACUGCACGGUGGACAUUGAGAGCCUGACGGGCUACCGCACAUACCGAUGCGCCCACCCACUGGCCACGCUCUUCAAGAUCCUGGCGUCCUUCUACAUCAGCCUGGUCAUCUUCUACGGCCUCAUCUGCAUGUAUACGCUCUGGUGGAUGCUGCGGCGCUCCCUGAAGAAGUACUCGUUCGAGUCCAUCCGCGAGGAGAGCAGCUACAGUGACAUCCCUGACGUCAAGAACGACUUCGCCUUCAUGCUGCACCUCAUCGACCAGUAUGACCCACUCUACUCGAAGCGCUUUGCUGUCUUCCUGUCGGAGGUGAGUGAGAACAAGCUGAGGCAGCUGAACCUCAACAACGAGUGGACGCUGGACAAGCUGCGCCAGCGUCUCACCAAGAACGCGCAGGACAAGCUGGAACUGCACCUGUUCAUGCUCAGCGGCAUCCCUGACACGGUGUUCGACCUGGUGGAGCUGGAGGUGCUGAAGCUGGAGCUGAUCCCUGACGUGACCAUCCCGCCCAGCAUCGCGCAGCUCACGGGCCUCAAGGAACUGUGGCUGUACCAUACAGCCGCCAAAAUCGAGGCGCCCGCCCUGGCCUUCCUGCGUGAGAACCUGCGGGCGCUGCACAUCAAGUUCACGGACAUCAAGGAGAUCCCGCUGUGGAUCUACAGCCUGAAGACGCUGGAGGAGCUGCACCUGACGGGCAACCUGAGCGCCGAGAACAACCGCUUCAUCGUCAUCGAUGGGCUGCGUGAGCUCAAGCGGCUCAAGGUGCUGCGGCUCAAGAGCAACCUGAGCAAGCUGCCUCAGGUGGUCACGGACGUGGGCGUGCACCUGCAGAAGCUGUCCAUCAACAACGAGGGCACCAAACUCAUCGUGCUCAACAGCCUCAAGAAGAUGGCGAACCUGACCGAGCUGGAGCUCAUCCGCUGCGACCUGGAGCGCAUCCCCCACUCCAUCUUCAGCCUCCACAACCUGCAGGAGAUCGACCUCAAGGACAACAACCUCAAGACCAUCGAGGAGAUCAUCAGCUUCCAGCACCUGCACCGCCUCACCUGCCUUAAGCUGUGGUACAACCACAUCGCCUACAUCCCUAUCCAGAUCGGCAACCUCACCAACCUCGAGCGCCUCUACCUGAACCGCAACAAGAUUGAGAAGAUCCCCACCCAGCUCUUCUACUGCCGCAAGCUGCGCUAUCUGGACCUCAGCCACAACAACCUGACCUUCCUGCCUGCCGACAUCGGCCUCCUGCAGAGCCUCCAGAACCUGGCUGUCACGGCCAACCGGAUCGAGGCGCUGCCCCCUGAGCUCUUCCAGUGCCGGAAGCUGCGGGCCCUGCACCUGGGCAACAACGUGCUGCAGUCGCUGCCCUCGCGGGUGGGCGAGCUGACCAGCCUGACCCAGAUCGAGCUGCGCGGCAACCGGCUGGAGUGCCUGCCCGUGGAGCUGGGCGAGUGCCCGCUGCUCAAGCGCAGCGGCCUGGUGGUAGAGGAGGACCUGUUCAACACCCUGCCCCCCGAGGUGAAGGAGCGGCUCUGGAGGGCCGACAAGGAGCAGGCCUGA